AAUCUGAUGUUGUCGAAAUUGAGCCUAUAAGUGAUGCAAAAGAAAGUACUAGAAUAAAUAAGAAGAAGUGUGGAAUUUGUGGUUUGAGAGGCCGCAAUACGCGUACCUGUUCUGCAGAAUCCGACGCUGAGUUAGAAUCUAAUAAUGAUACCGAAGAAAUUAGCAGGAAUAAGCGAAAAUGUAGA